GGAAUUUCCGGGUGUGGAGUCACCGCGUUAUACGUGUUUGACAGCUUUGGCAUUGAUACCUUCGUCAGUGGUGGAUUCUCUGCUACAAUUAUUGCUGUCCUUCUGAACCUUGAUGGUGAAGAUAAAAAAGAAUCAUGACUUUUGGAAUAAAGAUCAUCUGACAUUAAAACCAUUAGGGCUGUGAAGUCAUUAACACAUUGUCCAUGCCUACCUGACCAACCUAAGAAGCAAGAUGGCUGAGAGGGGAGAACGGAGUGACACGGAGAAGGAUUCAGAGAAGAGGACAGAAAGUAUCACUGGGACAAGUUUGAAAGAUGCCUUUAAGGUUCUUUCCGACGCCUCACAAGAGAAAUUACAGAGCCUCACUUUAAAAAGGAGCAGCAGGGUAGCUGAGGUAUUGGUGCAGGCAAUGUCUCUGAUUAAGCUGAGGAAGGGACAAGACGCACUAAAUAAACUUGCAGCCCUGGGCAGCAGUGGCGUGGCAAAAUACCUGGCUGAACAGGUAACGGCGUGUCGGGGUCAACUGGAAGACUUCAGAAUAGAGGAGCAGGCCGAGCUAGAGGCUCGGACCGACACUGUAGGCGAGCUGGCUAUGAUUUUUCAGGUUCUGGCAGAAGAGAGACUGUGUAGCGAAUCGCUGAGAGACAGAGCCUACCGAGUUGCCCUUGGGGCAUGCAGAAGUAUGAACUCAAAUGAAGAAGGGAGGGAGAACAGGCAGCUGGAGCAACUGAUGGAAGAGGCUACCAUGAUCUGUGGGCCAGAAUUCGUUAGUCGCGAAGAUGGUCAAUUUUCGUGCGGUAAAACACUACAAUCUUGCUCACCCAUAAAGUCUACUCAAAGGGGACAAGACAAAAAGACCUCAGCCAUACCUAUACAAGGUAGCCAGCGUGGUCCAUUAGUGCCGACAGUUGAGCACAGUUCCCCAACCUCCUUACGAAGCAGUUCUUCUAACGAGACGUCUUUCCCCAGUCACCUAGAGGUCAGUGCAUCCCCCACCGCUGCAUUUGAUUCAAACAGAAUGAGCCAAGCCAUGCAGGACUUGAGGUUGACACCAUCACAUACUGAGGAUGUUUCCCCUAAUCAGUCACUGCCUCUUUCUAAAGUAGUGACACGGAAUAAUCCUGCUGAAGAAUGCAUAAAGCAAACACCAAUACUUUGUUCCCCAUAUCAUAGGAAAGUGUGUGAUUUUGUGGAAGUAACAGAGAAAUCUGAAAACAAUGGCACUAUGACAUCCAGGAUUACAAAUGCAAAAUCUACGUUUAAUGGGGGAAGUUCUUCAAAGAAACCUACUGAAGCCCUGUUGUCUCUCACAACUGCCAUCACUGGGAACAAUAAACCUGGAUCUGCAACAGAAAAUGUUACUAAUAUUUCAAGGAGCACAUUACCCCCAGUAAACAGCAGAGUUCCAGAAGAACAGAAAGAGGAUAAGGUAGAGGAUGAAGCCCAGUUUUUCUCUUUUGUGAUCUUGCACGCCCCAGAGGACACGGAAAUGGCUGAGAGGCUGCAGGAAAAACUUGAAGAUUUAGGCAUUGGUGAGGGAUCCACCUUUAGCCAGAACUUUUUAGUUCCUGGGAGAACUAAGCUGAGAUGUAUUGAGGAUGCUAUUGAUAACUCAGCUUUUUCCAUCCUUCUACUUUCACGCAACUUCAACAACCAGCUGCAGGAGAUCCAGACCAAUGCUGCUCUCAUGAACUCCAUUGAGAAUAUGCACAAAUACAACUCUGUCAUUCCACUCUUUCCUAGCAAGAAUCGUCUACCUACCGAGAACAUGCCCAAGUGCCUGAAGAUAUUUGUAGCGCUAGAAGAGAGUAGCCGGUCCUUUGAUAGGAUGGCAAGGAAGGCGAUGGCGCCAGAAAGGAUCAAGAAGCAGAAGGAACUAUGGAGCCAAGACCAGCAUAUUAGAUUACAGCAAAAGAAGACACUGAGACUGAAGGAAGAGAUUAAAAGAAGCAAAGUUUUGGUAAAUCAGGGAAUGGAAAUCUCUCAGCUAGAGAAGGAGCAGAGGCAGCUGUACAUGAAAAGGCAACAGCAGAAUCCAACACUGCAAUAUUAUGAUACACCUGGAGCAAUUUCCAAACCACCCCAGCACUUAAUUGAUACGGACAGACAGCCCAGUAUCCUUAUUAGUAACGCAAAGUAUAUCAUGAUUGGGGAUAACUCCCAGAUGACUGUAGACAUGAGUUCUGAUACAGAUCAUGUGCCAAUGGACAUGGAGGAAUGACAAAACUAAAGGAUUUUUAUGUCACACUACCGAGACCAUUAAAAAUUAAACUACUGCAUAUGUCACUAAACCAGCCGUUAUACCUUAUACAUGUUUUUGUUAAUGACGAACAAGUGCCAAAAAGCAGGUAUUAUGGAAUCUCUCUUCAGGGUUGCUAUGGAUAUAAUACCACUUUCAUGAAAUGUCACAGAUAGCUGCCUCAUUACUGUAUAUAUUUUUUUAAAUAUAUGCUUUGUUAAUGUUUGUUAACCAACUGUCUUAAAAUAUCACACAUUGAAUUUUUGAUCUGUAUUUAUCUACUAGGGUUCCCUGUAAUAUAUUUUGUGAUCAUUAAUACCAAUGCACUGGCAGGACUUGACUAAUCUGUCAUUAAUACAAAAAUAUGCAGAUGAUCACGGUGUAAAAAUACGGAGAAAUGCAUCGUGAUGGACCUGAAAAUGUGGCAGUGAAAAUGAACUUGUACAAUACAAUGUCAUGUUUUUUUUUUUUUUUUUUUUUGAUGAUGAAUUAUUUAGGAAAUGUGGCAUUUUAAAGAGCACACUAACACCGUACUCAUUUAAUAUCUGCAGGAAAUAAAGCAUAACUUUGCAUGACA